ACAGCAGUGACAGUCAGAUAACAAUUACUUCCGCCUCUGUGAACAGCACCAGCAAGCCGAAGAAAGAUUAAAAGCUCACUAUAGUGGUACUCUAUGGUUGAUGUAAACAAAAACAUGCACCAUUGCAGCAAAAUCAUCUUUAUAUUUUUCAGUUGGUGUUUUAUAUUGCUGAGCUGUUUCAUAACACCUGUGGCUUUACACGAUGUGGAGUGGAAGCCGGGAUACGAGGGACAUGGGACUGUGCACGAGCAGGCGGGACAAGUGCACUGGCCUGAGGUUGAAUACUCGGACUAUGAUUCAAAACCUCAAUACAGCAAGCCUGAAAAGGAGGACGACUUAGCCACAAGAGGCCUGAGCAAGUCUCUAAACAAAGUGGCGGCUUUUCUCUUUGAUAAUACAUUAAUCGAUCCACUACCGGUGCCAAAGGGUUAUUUAACUUACACGGAUGAUAAGUCGGUGGAAAUGGGUCCUAAAUACGAGGAGAAUGAAUGGGCCGAGCUAGUCACCAAGUACUGGCUGUUAUACUUUUGGUUGGUAUUAUUACUUUUGAUCAUUAUAAUCGUUCCAUUUAUAGCCGUCUGUUACUUUUGUUUUUGCUGCUGUAGACGUGUCAAUGCGGGCUGUGCACCCUGCGACAUGGCGCGUGAUCGCUUUAGAUGCUUCGUUUGUGCUGCGCUGCUCCUCCUGCUGCUUAUACCCUGCCUCUUUGGCGCUAUCAUUGCCGUAAUGGCCGAACGUCUGGUGGAGCGUGGCUUUAGUGAAUCUACUGUAAUAUUACAGCGUAGUACUAACGAUACUUGCACCUUCCUGAAUGACACCUCCGAGCAUAUUCGUUAUUUGUUUGAGAAAAACUAUGAAGAGCUGUUCAAUCAUUUAACCGAUUUGUUAACGAAUUCGGAUAAGCAUAUUAACUUGGAUUUGGCUGACUCAUCGGGUAGCACUGCACUGGAGGUCAUGGAGCGCAUCUUAGAUAAUAUGCCAAAAGCUCAAAGACUUAUGAAAGAGGUUAAAGUCUAUGAAGAGGAUUUGCGAUUUACAACUGCACAGUUUCGCGAUGGUAUGCGUGGCAUUAGACGUGACGUUACUUUUGCCUGUACAAUGCUUAGUAACCACUAUGCCUGUCGACGCUUCUUGGUAACCUCGGAUAUUGAGACAAUGGAUAUGAGCAAAUGUAUGCAUCUAGAUCAAAUGCCGGUCAGUCAAAAAUAUUUGGACGGUAUGAAGGACAUAAUCGAAGGUAAGUUUAGUCAACUACCUCGAAAUGCGAUGGAGCGCCAGAAGACAAUCUACAAUAAAAUUGCAAAGGCAACGGAGCGUGUGUCCCCAGCGUUGAUAAGAGACUUGCACCGUGGACGUGAUGAAUUUAUACACCAGGAGAAUAUCAUACGCAAUAUACUAAAAACGGCAGUUCAUGAUAUUUAUAAGAACACGGAUGUAGCAACAAGAUCUUUUGACGAUAUCUAUUACAGAUAUGGCAAGGAUCGAAGCAUCAUGAACAAAACCAUCAUUUCAGUACUCAUUUUGAUUAUUGCAUUGCUCCUGCUGGCACUUUUGCUCGGCUUGUGCUUCGCCUGGAGUAUAAGCACCGGACUCCUUUUGCUUGCUAUUCUUGUGAUAUUUUGCUUCUUAUCCCUGUUUACGCUCGUUGGACUGUUCUAUUUUAUACUUGGCCUAAUUACCUAUCAAGGUGCUUGUGCACCAGUUCGUUCUGAUCCUGAGGCGACGUUUGUUAAGCAAAUGAAUGGAUUGGAUCCUGAAAUCGAUAUAACACGUUACCUGCCGCCACGUGAAAGGGAAGAGGCCAUUAAAGACCGUAGCAAAUUGCGUAUAUCUCACGCCAUUAGAGACUGCAAAGAAGGUCAGACUAUAUUUGAAUUACUCAAGAAGUAUAAAUUGUAUAUAAUUGAAGAUAUACGUGAUCUGAAAAUAUUAAGCGACGACCGUGAGGACAAGCAGCCAAAAUAUCAUGACGAUGAUUUUAAUGAGGAUCUAUCCAAUACGGUUUUGUUGCCCCACAAUGACACGAUCCGACUUAAUGAUAUGCGUAACGCUAAUUUAUCCAGUUAUCAUAGCUUAUUGUAUUUAGAAAACAUGUGUUGGCCAGUUGGACCAGACUAUUAUAGUAUGGCAAAGUCUAUGAAAUCUGUGGGCGAUAACAUGUGGACAGCGUGGGGCGGCUAUUGGGAUGCAAGAUCGAGUUUGUAUUCCAAUGCCAGGCAUAUUAUGUCUUUUUAUAAUGCGUAUCACAGCCAAAUUAAAAAUAAUAUGAACAACAUAAAAAAACGGGUAGCCGAAAUUGAUGAAUUGAUACUUUACAAUAAUAAUGAUUUUUCCAACUCAAUGUUACACUUGUUGGACGCGGUUAAACGUGCCGAGAAGUUCAUACAAGAGCGUGGCAAGGAUUUCAUCAAUUCACUCAUUACCAAUUUAACUGAUGCCAUUCAUGAGCAAGUCGACCUUUUUGCUGAAAGGAUUAUUGUACAUUGCCUUACACACGUCGGUAAAUGCGAACCCCUGAGCUACCUUCACAAACGUGCCGCGGACAGAAUUUGUGACAAUCUCAUCUAUCCAUUUAAUCAAUUUUGGCUGGGGUUACUGCCGUGCUGCCUGCUGCUUAUACCCAUUUUGUUUAUAGCGCAUCGUCUACUUGGCUUAUACCAGAGGCUUGCUGUUUACAGUAGAGCAACAGGCAUUGCGAUUGUAGAGCACGGCUGUCCAAUCUGCACAGGUGCGCCUUAUAUGCCACCGCCCAUUGUUGUAUGCGGUGGGGGCCAGCGGAUUGUAGGCGGCUUUGCCCAGCCUACUGUGGUUUUGCCUGACCAGCCUUUGGGUGAGAGCUAUGUGAAAAUCGACGAAGAUUUAGCAAUCUCAAUUAGCAAGCGAAAAAGAGACUAGCCAGCGGGAAAGCUUUAUUAUUAUUGCAUUGCUUACGCUUAUUGCCGGUUUUUCGUCACAUAGUUGAGAUAAAUGAUGAAUAAUUUUAUCAACAUUUUUGAUUACACUUUAUUAACUGAAAUUGCUCAUGGGAAGUGAUCAGAAACUAGAUUAUGCUGAGAACUGGAUCAUCAAAAGGAAGCAAUGCAGCCCCUUUUUCAACAUACUAUAUUUUCAUACAUUUUAUAGAAGAAAUAAAUAUUAAUA